UUAACUGAGUUAGAGGGGGAAGGGCAGAGCGUGUGGCCUGGCUCACAACACAAGCACAAGCUUGGAGAGGCUAAGAGAGAACAGGGGAAGAAAAGAGGCUUUCUAAAAGCUCACUGCACUGAAGGCAAACAGCAGCAUAAAAAUCUGAUUGUACAACAAACCUGAGAGAGCUUCACAGAAUGUCUGCUGAGGACUGUUUCAGUUAUAUAGUGCCAGGCUCAAACGAAAAGCACAGAAGGGCUCGUAACUGGACAGACUCAGAAAUGAAAGGUCUUCUGUACAUUUGGGAGGAGUAUGUCACCGAGCUCAAGAAGGCUAAGCGCAACGCUAAGAUCUACGAAACAAUGGCCAAGCGACUCUACGAACUCACCGGCGAGCACCGCCACAGAGAGGAGAUCAAGAUGAAGAUCACCAACAUGACAUUCCAGUACAGGCAAGUGAAGCUGAAGUACACAGCCAGUGGAAGCACCGGCACACCUGACUGGCCUUACUACAAGUCCAUUGAAAGGAUUUUGUCCAAGGUCCCAGAGCAGACCCACAUGAGCCCACUGGACCCCCAAACUACUGGAGCAUCCACCUCCCAACCUGAAUCCUCUCUACCUCUACCUGCAGCUCCAAUGAUAGGCUUCCUAUCAGAGUACACUGGCUCCUCGGAGGAGAGGGAGGUCAAAGAGGAAGAUGAGGAAGAUGGAACAGAGAUCUCUGUGAGCUCCUUUGAGUCCAGGUCUCAGGCGGUGAAGAGACGGCGCAUGUCUCCGGUGCCUCUGCGUCGUAAGAAGCUGCGCGUGAUGGAGGCGAUGCUGCAGGAGCAGCGCAAGAUGAGGCACGCUGUGGAGGAGACUUGCCGAGAGGUUCGCAGAGUCAUGCAGCAGCAAAACUUCCUGCAAGUGCAGAGCCUGCAGCUCCAGGACAGAAUGAUGAACCUUCUGGAGAAAAUGAUCCCAUUUACAGCAUCUAAACCCACCCAGCUAUAG